AUGCGAAUAUUGAGGUAUGUCAAAGGAAGUAUUGAUUAUGGUAUCCUUUACCGUAAUGUUAGAAAAUUUGAAGUUGUUGGAUAUUGUGAUGUUGAUUAUGCUGGAGAUCUUGAUACACGUCGAUCAACUACUAGUUAUGUGUUCAACCUGGGUUUUGGAGUAGUUUCAUGGUGUAAUAAGAGACAAACAACAGUGUUAUUGUCAAGUACGGAAGCAGAGUACCGAGCAUCAGCGAUGGCAACACAAGAAUGUGUAUGGCUCACCCAGCUACUGAAGGAUUUGCAUCAGCCUGUUGACUAUGGUGUCAUGUUAAGUUGCGAUAAUCAGUCGGCUAUACGACUAGCUGAAAAUCCAGUGUUUCAUGCUAGGACUAAGCAUGUGGAGGUACAUUAUCACUUUGUUCGAGAAAAGGUUCUACGAGGUGAAUCCAACUUAAGCAAGUGA